AUGGCCGCGAUAUCAACAUCCCCAGUUACAAACACGAUAGAGGACCCAGAAGCAGGCAAAAGUAACCAACAUGAACUCACCGCAGAUACCUCCGCAGCUGUCGAGCAAAGCCAAACACACGACGUCUCCGAAACCAACCUGACAACACCAACAAAAAAGUCAUUUGGCUUCUAUGCCAUAAUCGUGGCCCUAGCCCUGACCAGUCUCCUAACCUCGUUAGAGGCAACCAUCACGUCCACAGCCCUACCCACCAUCACAGCCGAUCUCGGAGGUGCAAGUCUCUACGUCUGGGUCGUCAAUGGCUACUAUCUGACCCAAACAGCUUUCCAGCCCUUCUUCGGUCAAAUAGCCGACAUCUACGGCCGCCGCUGGCCCAUUAUCACCAGCGCAGCCAUAUUCACCAUCGGCAGCGGCAUCGCAGGCGGAUCCAAGAACAUCGAAACCCUCAUCGCAGCCCGCCUCCUCCAAGGCAUCGGCAGCAGCGGCAUCCUCGUCCUAACAGAGAUAAUAAUCUGCGACCUGCUCCCCCUCCGCGAACGAGGCAAAUACCUCGGCCUAAUCGUCAGUCUCGUCGGGCUAGGCGUCGCCCUGGGCCCGCUCUUCGGCGGACUUAUAGUCCAACACUCCUCCUGGCCAUGGGUCUUCUACCUCAACGUGCCCAUCGGCGGCGUAGCCUGCAUCGCACUCUUCGCCUUCCUCCGCCUCAAAUCAGACAAAACACCAGACUAUAUAAAGCGUCUACGCCGCAUCGACUGGAUAGGAAACGCCCUCUUCGUCCUCUCCACCCUCUCCAUCCUUAUCUCUCUCUCCUGGGCCGGAACCCAGUACCCCUGGUCCUCGUACCAUGUUCUCGUCCCGCUGGCGCUGGGCUUCGCGGGCUCGGUCGUCUUCGUCCUUUACGAGGCAUCGCGCUUCUGCACGCACCCCGCCAUGCCGCUGCGCAGCUUUGCGAAUCGCACGUCCGCCACCGCGUUCGCCGUCACCUUCUUGCACACGCUUGCCUUUGUCUCGGUCAUGUAUUUCCUGCCGGUGUAUUUCCAGGCCGUCCUGAGCGCGACGCCUUCGCGUUCGGGAAUCCAGCUUCUCCCCACUAUCCUGUUUAUGAUUCCUGGUGCUAUUGUCGGCGGGACUUUGCUGUCCAGAUUCGGCCGAUAUCGUCCCGUUCAGCACGUGGGCUUUGCGCUCAUGAUCGUCGGCUUUGGGCUCCUGAGUCUCCUUGAUGCUGGGUCCAGUACGGGGGAGUGGGUGGGUUACCAGCUUCCCGGUGCGUUGGGCACGGGUCUAGCGCUACCGGUUCUGCUGCCUGCUGUCCAAGCUCCGUUGGCCGAGGAGGAUACGGCGCAAUGUACUGCAACUUGGUCCUUUAUGCGUACUUUUGGCUUGAUCUGGGGCACGACUGUUUCCACGGCUGUUUUUAAUAAUCGGUUUCAGGCGUUGGUGUCGCGCAUUGCUGAUGUUGAUGUUAGGGGACAGCUUAGCAAUGGGCGCGCGUAUGAGUAUGCUACUAAGGCUUUUAUUGAAUCUAUUGCGGAUCCUGUUACGGUUGCGCAGGUGAGGUCGGUUUAUGUGGAUUCGCUUAAUGUGGUUUGGUAUGUGAGCCUAGCUUUUGUGGGCCUGGGAUUCUGUUUUGUGUUCUUGGAAAAGGAAAUUACCCUUCGGAAGGAGCUUGAUACUAAGUUCUCGUUGGAGAAGAAGGAGCAAAAGAAUAAGACGGAGGCCUAG